UUUUUCGGUCUAUCGUUUUGACUAAUGAUUUGAUUUCCUUUUAACUUCAUUAUCUGCUUACCUGUUUUGGAUACUCGGGGAAAUUACAGUCUUUUUAGUUUGUGUGUGAUAAACACUCGUUUUGUUUUCUUAUUUCCUGUACUAUGUACCAUGAUUGAUGACCAGCACGGGGUUCUUUAUGUAUCAAUGCUUGGUGUACGGUUGGAUUCAUUCGCCUGUCGUUUACUUCAUUUCCUUUCUGUCUUUUGUUAUUGUUAGCUUUUUUCCCGGCUAUAUGGCUUUGCAUUUUACGGGCGACUACUGUGAUACUGUGAUUCUUUUGUAUGCUUCAAAAGUCCGGCAUGGGCAUGAGAGGAGUUUGACCGAGGGCAAAGCAUUAUGGCAGCACAGUUUUAAUUAUCUACUUCAUUUGUUUAUUGAUAUCUUUUGCUAUACCAAAAGUCUCCUUUUUGGUUUUUAUCUUUUUGGUGGUACCUUUGUAUCCUACUGUAAUGAUAUUAUUACCUUCAUUGGCAGGUUAUCCAUGCGACUAAUGCAGUCAUUCAAUUCUGGUCAUCGUCUUUGUUCUUCUUUUUGCCUUAUCCAUUCUAUCCUAUAAUCCUUUUGACGAGAGCCAAGGAGAUGAAAGACAGGUAAAUCCUAAAUCAAUUGUCUCGAGACGGACUAAGGAUGUUUUGUU